AUGCGCAAGAUUAACCAGCUUCUUCGCAAAAACAAGCGAGAACUCGACCGGUCGAUGAACCAGUUACAGCCGCUCAAAAAGAAGACAGAAUCCUUAAUCAAGUCGUCUGCCAAAAACAAAGACUACAAAUCCGCCAAGAUAUACGCGCGUGAGCUCAUCAACAUCAACAAGCAAUACAACAAGCUCCAUCUAUCCAAAGCAAGAAUAGACUCCAUUACCAUGUCCAUCAACGAACAGUACUCAAUGACCAAACUUACGCUGUCCCUCCAGACGCUGACGGGGAUCAUGAGAGACGUGAACCAGCUAGUGUCGCUUGGGGUGGUGCUGGGCACCAUGCAAGAGCUUCAGAAGGAAUUGAUGAGGGCCGGUAUCAUCAACGAGAUGAUGGACGAUAUGGUGGAUCUCGACUUUGAAGACGACGAGUUGGAGUCGGAGUCGCAAGACGAGGUCAACAAGAUCAUCCAGAGCCUCACGGAAGACAAACUUUCCAAGAUCGAGACCGAGGUUCCUGCCAGCAACUUUGAAGAAGAAGCACCGAUUGCAGACGAGGAAGACACAGAGGCAUUGGACGAGAUGAGAGAACGACUCAAGGCAUUACAGGAGUGA